CAGCCUUUAUCAUUAGACAAAGAUCCAUUAUUACUAGAUGAUGAAUGUUCUUUAGAUGAGUCCUCUAUAAAUAGUAAACCUUUUUCAGAUGAAGAAUCUCAAAAUACAAUCACAGAAACAUCAACAACAUCACAACAAAACAUUAUAGCUAAAAGAAAAAGUAAUAGUAACUUACAAAAUAACAAUAGUAAUAAAAAAUCUAAGCAGGAAAAAGUUGGGAAUGAUAAUCUUGAACAAUGUACAAGUACAUUUGAAAUUACAACAAGCACAACAAAUUUAGCUAGCUAUCUUCGAACUAUACAUAGAUUAAGUAAAACUAGUCCUUUAUUACCUUUAAAAUUAGUCAAUCAUCAGAAACCACUUCCAAAUAAAAAACAAAAUAGAAUUACUUCUAGAAUACUAGCAUGGAUAGUUGAUGACAUACAACCUUUUAAUGUUUUAGUAAAUGAACGAUUUCAGGAUAUCUUACAUGAAACAGAACCACAAAUCCAAUUUCUGGAUGAAGAUUUGGUUAAGCAAAAUUUAUUUAAAUCAGUAAUAAUAAAAAGGCUCCAAAAAGAUCUUAUAAAAGAUAAAGAAAGAAAUGUUAGAAAUAAUGCUAAAGCACUUGAAAAGUUACUUCUUGAUGAUGAUAAGUUGCUAAGAAUUCAGGAGUUGGUUGAAUUGUUAGGUCUAUUUGCACAUGUUACAACUAUAGUAGAAGAAACUCUCACAUAUCUGAUUAUUUGUAAUGUACAUGAUAAAAUUGAGCUAUCAUUUGAUGAAUAUUGGGAAGAACCUGGGCCAGAAAAAUAUAUUGCAGCAAGGUUGGAUCCAAGAUUUAAAAACUUAGGUUUUGAGCCUGCAAAAUUUGAAUUAACAAAAGAUGAAUUAAAACACAAGAUGAUGGAAAGUAUAAAAAAUAAUAAUUAUUCCUUACCCAACAAUAAUUCACCUACUUUGCUAUUAAGCUCACUAUUCGAAGAAAUUACUCACAAGUCAUGCCCU